AUGGAAACACUGAUGGAUGGACCAAUGCAUUUUUAUCAAUUUGUGUACAUCAGCAUUCUGUCUACAGCUUGUUACAGCUUGCCUGAAAGAUUUCUGGAAGGGCCACCUCACAACCUACAAAUGGAAUCUUGCAAUUUUCAGCACAUUUUGUCCUGGCAGGCAAAAAGUGAUCCAACUGUACCAACAUAUUAUCGUGUGCUGUACACUGACCGCAGGAACUGGAAGACUGCUAAACAAUGUUCACAUAUUACACAACUCUCCUGUAAUCUGACAGAUGAUUUUAAAGAGAUGUUGACUCAGUAUUCUGCGUUGGUUCAGAGCUUCACAGGAAAUAAAACAUUCAAUUCUUCUGUACUUCACUUUGUGCCAAUUACUGAGACAUUCCUGGGACCACCAGAAGUUAAUAUCAGUUCCUGUCUAAACUGCAUAAAUGUCACCAUAAAGCUGCCAACCUCUCACCUCAGAAAAAAUGAAAAGCUGCUGUCUUUAAUUGAUAUAUAUCAGGAGCUUGAUUAUGGUAUAACCCUGAAAACACUUGAUGGAGAGCAUAAGAGGCCACGUGAGACAACCACAGAAGAAAUUAUUAACACUGUCAUUGAAGAAUUGUAUCCAAAUAGAAAUUACUGUGUGUCUGUUAUGGUCACUGCAUCUCUAAACACACAUUCCAUCCCAUCAGCAUGGAAAUGCAUAACUACAGACUCUGUAGCUCAACAAGAUUAUCAUAUCGUUGCAAUUGCAGGGGCUAUAUGUUUUUCACUGAUGUUAGCUGGUGCCCUGAAGUGUAUGCAUGCAGGAGGUUAUAUUCUUCAAAAUAAAUCACUUCCACAUACCUUGGUAUUCAUCAGGACGUUAGCCUAUUCACUUUGGACAUUUGAGUCUGAAGAAAUAGCCUCUGUUGAGAUAAUUUACAAAGAGGUUAAAAAAAAGGCAAAUGAAUCCCGUGGUGGUGUCAGUGAUGACAGCGACGACAGCGAUAGUGAUGCCAUAAGUAAUCAUGACUAUACAAGGCGUGGUGUCUUAAGUAGAGCACCUCAUUCUUCUGAUACAUCAAAUGUAUUUGUGCAGUACUCUACAAAUAGUACACGUGAUGACAGCAGCAGCCAGGCAAGUGGAAAUCCAGACGCUGACCCAGAAGAUUUUGAAGAGCAUGAGAUGGACAUUGAAGAAGACAAAGACACACGUAGUGAGUUAAUUAAUCCUUUCUCUGAGAUAAAUUGUGACUAUUCUUCUAGGCAAAGGAACAGUGCUUGCUUUACCAUUAACUUAAAAACUGUACUGUUGGGCACCCUUGAAGAGAACGUGGAUAUUUCUGAAGCUCGUCUUUCUUCCCAAGAAGAUGCAGUUGACUGGCAAUGUACUCAUGCUUUUGAAGCAAAACUACUGGACGACACAGAAAGUGUGCAGAAACCACGCUGUCGUAACGGCUCUCAUGAAUGGCAAAAUUCCUCUCCUCCUUCUGAUGAAAGUGACUUAUCAGAUUCAGAUAUGGACCAAAAGACUGAAUACAUAAGAAGAUGA